AUGCAGCUUAGCAGUGCGUCCGUGCUUCCCAUGGUUAUGAAAGCAGCCAUAGAGCUUGACUUGCUCGAGAUCAUGGCCAAAAACGAUGGCUUCUCUGGUGCUCAGAUGUCUCCUUCAAAGUUAGCUUCCCAUCUCCCAACCAACAACCCUGAUGCUCACGUCAUGCUUGAUCGGAUCCUCCGGUUGCUUGCUUCACACUCCAUACUGACUUGCUCUGACAAGGUCCUCAUGGAGAACUGGUACCAUUUGAAGGAUGCAGUUCUUGAAGGAGGGAUUCCAUUCGAUAAGCUGAUAUGCCACUCUACCAUUGUGAUGAAGAAGAUUCUAGAGGCUUACAACGGCUUCGAAUGA